CAAGAAUUGCAUCCAUAUCGGUGACUAAAGCGAAAGAUUUCUUCCACCCAUGAGGUUCUUCACAUACAUACAAUGGUUACCAAGGUGCUAUGCGUGGCGGAGAAGAACUCCAUAGCCAAAGCAGUGGCCAACCAUCUUGCUGGUCGGCCAGUACAGGCACGUGACAUUCCCGGGACCAAAUUCAUCAAAAAUUAUGAGUUCCAAUACACAUUCCCUGCAUGGGGUCCUUGCUCCGUCGUGAUGACCUCCGUGUCUGGGCACUUGUGGAGUCAUGAUUUUCCCAGCCAAUAUCGCAGUUGGUAUUCCUGCGAUCCAUCUACACUAUUCGAAGCCAAAAUCGAUGCAUUCAUCAACAAAGAGAAUACGCCGAUUGCCAAAAACAUUGAGUCGCAUGCUCGUCAUUCCCAGAUUCUGUACAUAUGGACAGAUUGUGAUCGCGAAGGCGAGCACAUCGGAACCGAGAUCCGUGAGGUCGCCUUCAAAUCAAAUCAGCGCCUGAAGGAAGCGGGAAAGACUAUGCGUGCCCGCUUUUCGAACAUUGAGCGAGCACAUGUUAUCAACGCUGCUCGCAAUCCUGUCCCGCUCGAUCAAGCUCAAGCAGAUGCAGUAGCCACAAGAAUGGAGAUUGAUUUACGAAUCGGUGCAUCAUUCACCAGAAACUUAUCGUUAACACUACAGCCUUUAUUUCCUCAGACGGAAAGCAAGUCAGUGAUCAGCUACGGCAGCUGCCAGUUUCCCACGCUUGGCUUUGUGGUUGAAAGAUAUCAACGAGUGCGGAAUUUCGUGCCCGAAACUUUCUGGAGUAUCAAGGUCAUGCACGAGAAGGACAAAGUCAAGGUCAACUUCAAUUGGGCUCGUGGUAACUUGUUCGAUCGAGCCAUCGUCGUAACUCUCUUCGAGCGUAGUCUCAACGCGCGCACGGCGAAGGUCACCAAAGUUCAAACGAAGCCCACAAGCAAAUGGAAACCGUUACCAUUGACGACCGUCGAGCUUCAGAAAUGUGGAAGCAGAUUUCUUGGAAUGCCCAGUCAAAGCGUGAUGAAGGUCGCUGAGGAUUUGUAUCAAAAAGGCUUCAUCAGCUAUCCAAGAACGGAGACGGACCAGUACGACAAAGAUAUGGACCUACGCUCCUUGGUUCAGAAACAGACACAGGGCAACCGAUGGGGCACUUUUGCGCAAGGUCUGAUAGAUGGCAAGUAUCAAGCCCCGCGGGCUGGCCGGAACAACGACAAGGCACAUCCACCUAUCCAUCCUGUGGCUUUUGUGGACAUGGGUUCUCUGCAACAAGACCAACAGAAAGUGUACGAAUUUGUUGUACGACGCUUCCUUGCAUGCUGUAGCGAAGAUGCCAAAGGCUCCAAGACGGAGGUGGAGAUCCUCUACGGAGAUGAGAAAUUCAACGCUUCUGGACUGACAGUCUUGGAGCGUAAUUAUCUCGACGUCUAUCCAUAUGACAAAUGGACGAGUAGCCAAGAGCUUCCUCGUUUCACAGAAUGUGAAACUUUUGAGCCAACCGAAGCUCGCAUGCACGAAGGGCAAACCAGUGCUCCGGGUUAUCUCACAGAGCCUGAGCUCAUCGCCUUGAUGGAUGUCAACGGCAUUGGUACCGAUGCCACGAUGGCAGAGCACAUAGCCAAGAUCAAGGACCGUCAAUACGUGCAGACGAGACCUCGUGGUCGUGCUGCGCAAACAACCGGUGAGGACGACUCCGAUGGAGGAGGAGACGCGCCUCCCGUUGCACGCGCACGUGGCCGAGGGCGUGCACGUGGCCGUGGUGGUCGAUCUGCGCCUGCGGGAACACGAGGUACGACGGGCGGAGUCGACGAGUUCAUACCUACCACCUUGGGCAUUGCGCUGAUUGAGGGCUACGAAAACAUGGGUUUCGAAACGAGCCUGGCCAAACCAUUCCUUCGCAAAGAGGUAAAACGAUAAGAUGUGCUGCCCGUCUCGAAGUUUCCAAACUAAUCAAGGUGUAGAUGGAACUCAAGAUGAAAGCCAUCUGUGAAGGACGCUUAUCCCGACAACAGAUGCUUCAGGAGACAAUCGAGCAAUACCGGAGCGUGUACAUGCGG